AUGGCGCCCAAGAAGCCUUCGACGACAGCGGAAGUCGCUCUUAUUCCUUUGAAGAACUGUCUUGUCAAUCUUCCACCUUCACUUGUCUCCUUGCUGGUCAAUGCAAACACGACUGCUCAGAAUGUCAUAAUCGAAUUACAAUUGAAAUCAACAACUGGCAAGGCCAAUGGUGCUCUGCCGCAGCGAUCAUGUUUCUUAGGUUGGACAGGCAUGCCGAGCAAGCGCAGGCUUGCGCCGGUAGUGAGCCGCGAUGGUAUCAACACCGGUUAUAACAGAGAGCAGCAGGAGGUCUCGACAGUGGAAAUAGACACGACUUUUGGAAGACUUCUCGGUUUGGUUGAGGGACAGAAGGUCGGACUCCUCGUGCAUCUCGACCCACCUGUCGCGCAUACUAUCAAUAUCGAGCCAUUGACACCAGAAGACUGGGAAAUUAUCGAACUUCAUGCUACCUUCCUUGAACUUAACCUUUUAUCACAGAUCCGCGCGCUCCCAAAUCCUUCCUAUACCGCGGCGCAAUCGGAGCACAUGCAUCCGCUUGCACUACAUCUCUCACCGACAUCAACUGCAAACAUUAUCGUUACCUCCCUUGAUCCUACACCAUCGGCUACUUCUCCAUUCGCAAAGAUUGCGCCCGAUGCCGAGGUCAUUGUCGCCCCGAAAGUACGAUCAAAGCCCGGUAAAUCGUCUCGAGGGGAUACCCGAAGCAACGCUGGGAGCAGCAGAAAGAGUACUGGCGGCCGGAGCGCUUCCAGUACAGUCCGCCCGAAGGGCAGUCGGUCGGACUCUAGUAGCAGAGGUGCUCUGUACCUUCGGGGUGUGGACCGCCGAGCAGCCGAAGAGUUGUUUGAUGCUGAAAUAGACGAGGAUGAGAAUGAUGGCUUCCGUGUCUGGGUAGAUCCGGAUAUGUUGGCAUCUCAUGAGCUGCGAGGCGCAAGCUGGGCAUGCGUAUCUAUUGUGCAGCCUUCAGGGCUUAAACCCCCUGUCGAUCCUCAGCAACAACUGGCCCAGCAAGAACAGAAGUCUCAAGAGGCUGGUUCACCUACAACUAAACUGGUGGCAAAACUUUUCCCCUGGGAAGAUGCCCCGGACAAUCGGCACGUCGCGAUGUCCACAUUGCUGUCCACGGCCCUUGGCGCAGAGAAUAUGGUGGGAGGAAUCAUUCGUGUGGAGGCUGCUCCGCCACAACUGCAUCGUUCGGCGGUGAAAACACUUAAGAUUUAUCCGUUCAUGUUUGAUCCCUCUAAGAAAAAAGACGGACUUAAAUUUGGCUCUGACACUGCCGCUUCUCGGGACGCCUUGGCUGAACGUCUCAAAGUGAUAUAUGGUAGCACUGGGUCCGAUGUUGGGUUGUUCUCAGGCCCAUUAACCGAUGGCAUGAUUUUACCCCAAGUUGAAAACCAUCCUGCUGUCUCUUCCUUUGAUGGUGCCAUCCUGAGAUUUGAUCCACCUUUGAAGGGGAGCCCAGAUGAGAACAAGUCGAUGUUCGGGUGGCUCCUAGGCUCGGAGGCUAUACUCAACCUUGAAGUCCAGGCCGAGAUACACAAACCAUCUGACGCGGCCUCGUCAGGUUUGCCUACUGAUGAUCCGAUUCCGGAGAUUGCUCCACAACUCGUGGGAAUUGAUUCCAUCAUCUCCCAGUCUUUGAGUAAUUUGACAAAGUCUUCAUCGAUCUUGUUGACCGGUGGGCUUGGCGCCGGAAAGACAGCGCUCGCGCAUCUUCUGGCCCAUCGUCUACGCAAGGACCACCUCUUCAACGUCAAAUAUUUCUCUUGUCGCAAGCUGGUGACUGAUGAGACGCGCAUCUCGAACAUCAAGGAGGUUUUGAAUCGCCUAUUCAUGUCUGCUUCUUGGUGUGCUCGCCUUGGCGGACAAUCUGUUGUGAUUUUAGAUGAUCUUGACAAACUCUGUCCACUGGAGACAGAAUUGCAAGUUGGCGGAGACAACGGACGCAGUCGUCAGAACAGCGAGGUCAUUUGCUCUAUGGUCCGAGAAUACUGUUCCAUGAAUUCUUCCGUUGUCCUGUUAGCUACGGCUCAGGCCAAAGAGUCUUUGAAUAAUGUGAUUAUUGGUGGCCAUGUCGUUCGGGAGAUCGUCAACAUGAGAGCUCCCGACAAGGACGGCCGUCGCAAAGUAUUGGAGAAGCUUACUAGUCAAGACAGAGGCACCGUGGCACUCAAUGGUCACGAAAGGACGCCGAGUGGCUCUACGCAGGAUUCAUGGCUUGAUCCUUCAAACCCUGGAAGCCGACCCAGCUCUUCCGGUGGAGAUGGCUUCGUUCUCGGCAGGGACGUUGACUUCCUUGAACUUGCUGGAAAGACGGAUGGUUAUAUGCCCGGAGAUCUUGUGCUCUUGGUUGCUCGUACUCGCAACGAAGCACUCAUUCGCUCCGUUCAAGAUUAUUCGAAUGACUCCAAGAUGAUUACUCUUGGGCUGAAAGAUUUUGAAAGCGCCUUGAAAGGGUUUACUCCGGCAUCUCUUCGUAACGUUACCCUCACAUCUUCCACGACUACCUUUUCAGCCAUCGGUGGUUUGUUUGAGACCCGCAAAAUGCUACUGGAAACACUUCAGUACCCUACAAAGUAUGCGCCCAUCUUCGCACAAUGUCCACUGCGAUUGCGAUCGGGCCUUCUUUUGUAUGGUUUCCCCGGUUGUGGUAAGACAAUGUUGGCCAGUGCGGUCGCGGGUGAAUGUGGUUUGAAUUUUAUCAGUGUGAAGGGUCCUGAAAUUUUGAAUAAGUACAUCGGUGCCAGUGAAAAGAGUGUUCGCGAUCUUUUUGAAAGAGCACAGGCCGCACGUCCUUGUGUCCUCUUCUUCGACGAGUUUGACAGUAUUGCCCCUAAGCGUGGCCAUGACUCUACCGGUGUCACAGAUCGCGUGGUCAACCAGCUUCUUACUCAAAUGGAUGGAGCGGAAGGUCUCUCCGGCGUGUAUGUCCUGGCUGCAACUUCUAGGCCUGACCUGAUAGAUCCAGCUCUCCUUCGUCCCGGUCGUCUGGAUAAGUCUUUGCUCUGCGACAUGCCCUCCCAAUCAGACCGGGUUGACAUCAUUGCGGCAGUCAGUGAAAAGCUGAAGAUGAGCGCCGACGUUGCAGCUCGUUUUGACGAGAUCGCAGCACAGACUCAGGGAUUCUCCGGUGCCGAUAUCCAAGCCGUGGUUUACAAUGCGCACCUGGAAGCGGUGCAUGACGCCUUGGGUGACCGCACUGCUGAUAAUACCAAAGCCAAUUCCAAGCCUAACGCGUCCAAGGUUUCCAGCAAUACCUCCAGCAGGUCAUUUAUUCAAUUCCUCUAUUCCUCUUCCGAGGAGGCGUCCGGCAAAGUGUCCAUGCCCGCUCCAGCCGUGGUUGCAGCGAAGCUAGAUGCAAUCAAGAACUCGCGACGCCGUCAGCGCCAACUUGAGAAUGGCACCGCCUCUUCUUCAGGUCCGGCGACUCCGGCCACCGCAACUAACGGGGUCGACUCUGGCUCGGAUGAACUCCGCGAUGAGAUUAUUGUCCGGUGGGAGCAUGUCGAACGUGCUCUCAACACCACCCGUCCCUCGCUUAGCUCCACCGAACACCGACGGCUGCAGGGUAUUUACCGAGAGUUUGUGGUCGGGCGUAACGGUGAAAUGCCCAAUGGCGAAGCGGGAAAUGAGAUUGGGGGUCGCACUAGUUUGAUGUGA